AUGAGUUCCGCGUUCUUUCGCAGACCUGGUGAUGAGAGCUCCAGCUCUAGUAGUUCGGAUGUCGAAAGUGCAGGAUCAGAGGAAGUUGGUCAUGUGAGUCAACCUCUCGAAAGUGUCGAUGGCGAGACAGGCGACCUGGGCACCACAGAAUCAUUCUCAAGCCAUGGGAGCAUCUCGUUCGCAGAGUCCUCUGCUGCCGGCAGAGGUGAUCGUGGUCGUGGUGCCGCAAACUCCUUUGCGGGCGUUGACCAUCAUCGGACCAAUUUGAUCGACGCUCUCCUCGAGGACUUUGCACGGAAUCGAGCAUGCGAGGUGAUGAACAACGCGAAGCCCGGCUCAAACUACACAAGGUCAUCUCCUGAAAUUGAGACUUUGACGAGGCAAUUCCAUCGGCAAGCGACUCAGUCACUGGUUCAGACUGGGUUGCUUCCAGCGGCGGUAUCUGAGCAACGUCGUGGCAAUGAACAAAUGCGAGCUGCGUAUCUGGCUGGAAUUGAAGGCAUGACGCUCGGCGGAGUGCACACAGGCAACCUCAUAUCGUCAAAUCUUGCAGCCACGCCGCUGCUUUCUUCCGAAGAGAACCUCGCCAUGACUCGGACUGAACAACGACGUUCAAAUGCAUUCGGACAAUUACUUGAACAACCUCUGAGGAACCUCUCGCUCUAUGACCGUCAAAGUCCACUCUCAUUUCGCAGUCCCGAUUUCAUGCUGUCCAACCAGUCUAUCGAACGUCCUCGUAGUCACUACGAAUCAAGUUUUCAACAAAUCAGUCUACUUGGAAAAGGGGGUUUCGGUCGGGUAUACCGCACAUUCAAUGUCUUUGACAAGAAAGAAUACGCGGUCAAGAAGAUACCACUCAGCCCUCGCUUGUCACAACGGUACAAAGAGUCAGGCCAUCAAGAACUUGAACAUGUGCUACGUGAAGUGCAGGCUUUGGCUCAACUCGAACACAACAACGUCGUUCGAUAUCAUGCUACGUGGAUUGAAUCACCACGAGCACCAAGAAUCAUGGACUUGCACGAGGAAAGGCCCGAACUUAGCCUUCAUGGCAGACGCCUCAUCGCUGACGGAGCACUUCCAAUUGCAACUGAUCAGCCUCGAAAAGCCUUGCCGCUUCGAUUGUCACCCGAUGGAAGUGACGGCAUUGUUUUUGGUUCAGAUAGUGUUUCGCAAAUUCGCACGCUGGAUCAUAAAGAUGACCAAGAUCAACCUCUAUGGUCAAUGAAACAAACGCUGUCCGACCCAAGCUCAGCACGCCCAUCUGAAAUAUUUACCGAUGGACGUGCAGAGCCAAACAGUCGGGAAGACGCGGUAGUGGAUGGCUCAGUCUAUGUCCUACACGUGCAAAUGUCAGUCUAUCCCAUGACGCUUGAGCAAUAUCUUGCGCCAGCUCCUGAAAACGCGCGAAGUGCACCAAGCAAUCCUAUGCGAAGGCAUUGCUUCCAUCUGGUGCCUGCAUUGCGCAUCUUACUUGGUAUAUUAUGCGGGUUGCAAUAUAUUCAUUCGAAGGGGUUAGUCCAUCGUGAUAUCAAACCGAGCAACAUAUUCAUAUCGAGCCUUGAGAUGGCAACCACUGCUGGGGCCGUCUCAGGAGGCUAUUACGACGUCGGUGGCUGUGUUGCGUGCUCUUUUCCGGGACAUUACUUUGUGAACCCACGCAUUGGCGAUUUCGGACUUGUCGCGGAACUAGCUAGAGAUGGCGAGAGGAAAGAUCACCAUGUCGACGGCAAAGCCGACAAAGCAGUGGGUACUGAGUACUAUCGGCCACCACGCAGGGUGGAUGCGAAAGAGAAAUGGAAGGCCUCGUCGGCCAUCAAUGAAAAACUCGACGUGUUCGCCCUUGGAGUGGUGCUGGUGGAAAUGCUCUGGCAUUGUACUACCAAAGCUGAACGCAUGGUAGUCCUGGGAGGCCUCCAGAAAGGGUUGCUCCCGGCAGGCUUAGCAGGAAAGAUUGACAACGAAGGACAUGAGCCGGGUACUGGGGACCUCGUUUGUCAAUGCCUGGCUGGUAUGAUCGACGGAGACCCACUGCAGCGAUGGGGUUGCGGCCUGGUGAAAGAACAGGUCGAGGAGAUAUUGAAGCAGUGUCGAGUUCCACCAAACGAAGGGAGUAACGGUGAAGGUAGCAGUAUUGAUGCUGGUUAUGGGUUCGAGCUUCGCCAAGUGAGGAGCUUGGACGCAGAUGCGACCCCAAUGGAGAAGGACUGA